AUGGCGGCGGGGGAUCCCGUCCGGGAGCUGUGCGAGGAAGCCACUUGCUCCAUCUGCCUGGGCUUUUUCAGCGAUCCGGUGAGCAUCGCCCAGUGCGGCCACAGUUUCUGCCGGGACUGCCUGAGCCGCGGCUGGGGGGAGUCCGGGGCAGAGGCUUCCUGCUGCCCCCAAUGCAGAGGAACAGCACAGGAGGGGACCCUCUGGCCGAACCAGCAGCUGGCCAACUUUGUGCAAAUAAUAAAGAAACUCAGUCCUUUGGAAGGAAAGGGGGCAGGAGGAAGAUGGGGCGUCUGCGAGAAGCACCAGGAACAUCUGGAAUUCUUCUGCAAGGACGAUGAAGCCCCCCUCUGCGCGGUCUGCCGCGUGUCCAAGGAGCACCAAGACCACGGGGUGAUGCCCCUGGAGGAGGCUUUCCAAGAAAACAGGGCAGUCGUGGCUGCUAGAAGAGGGAGAGUUUGCCAGAAGCACCAGGAGCCGCUGAAGCUCUUCUGCAUGGACGACGAAGCCCCCAUCUGUGUGGUCUGUGACCGAUCCAAGGAGCACAGAAAUCAUAGAAUCCUUCCUCUUGAGGAGGCUUCCCAAGAGUAUAAGGAUCACUUUAGCAGCCGUCUGGAGAUUCUGAAGAAGGAGAGAGAGAGAAUUCUGACAUAUAAAGGAGACGUUGUAAAGGAAAGCCAAGACCUGCUUAAGCAAACCACAGGAGAGAAGGAAGAGACAGUAGCCAAGUUCAAGCAACUUCACACGUUUCUGGAGGAACAAGAGAAACUUCUGCUGGCCCAGAUGGAAGAGGUGGAGAAGGAGGUAGCAAAGAAAAGGGACCAGCACCUGGCCGAACUCUCUGAGGAGCUCUCCUCUCUUGAAAGCCUCAUCCAGGAGAUGGAGGAGAAGUGUCAGCUGCCAGCCGGUGAACUCGUCCUGCAGGAUGUCCGAAGCACUUUGCAGAGGUAUGAAAAAAAGAAGGAGUUUAAGAAUCCAGCAACUUUUCCUGUUGUGCUGAAGUGGAGGAUCUGGGAUUUCAGUGAUGUCAGUCACUUGCUGAAGGGUGUCAUGAAGCAGUUCAAAGACACUCUGGAUUCUGGGCUUCAGGUACAGAAAGCAGAUGUGUUUCUGAAUCCAGCCACAGCUCAUCACAAAUUCAUCAUCGUGUCUGAAGAUCGGAAAAGUGUGAGAGGAGGAGAAAAAAUUCGAAGUCUUUCCAACAUUUAUGAUUCAAGUUACCGGCCUGGUAUUCUGCGGGGCUAUUGCGGAUACACAGCAGGCUGCCAUUUCUGGGAAGUUCUUGUGGGAAGCGAGAAUGCAUGGGCUGUAGGGGUUGUCAGAAAGUCUGUGAGGCGUAUGGAUAUCUUCAGUGGUGAGGAAGGGAUCUGGAAGGUGGGGAAGUGGGAUGACAGAUACAUGGCUUUUACAAAAGGCCAUUCUUCUCCCCUGACUGUGAGUGGGGAGCUCAAACGGAUCCGAGUCUGCCUGAACUUCGCUGGGGGCCGAGUGGCCUUUUUCGAUGCCGACAGAGCAGAUCUUCUCUAUGAGUUCUCUGGUGUCUCCUUCUCUGGAGAGACCCUCCUGCCCUCCUUUUGGGUGCAUUUGAAAGGCCAUCUCCAACUCUCCUGA